UUUUGGCGCUUGCGUCCGUGAGAGUCCCUCUGUUCGUCUUCUGCUUUUCUGUUCCGAUCGGUUAUCGCUAUUUUGUGGCAAUUUGCGGUCCACGGAUUGCGAUACAUACACGAAACGCGGAUCUCACUGGAUUUCCCGUGCGUGUUCGUGAGAUUGGAAAGCGCUCAUCAUUGCAAACUUUUGCACAUGAGUGACAACAACGUUCGGAGGAACGCCAUGGCUCUUGCAAAUAAUCUAGCAUUUGUGGUCGCGUUUCACGCCGUCUGCAUUGCGAUAGUGGGAAUCCCGAUACUCAUCUAUUUCGUUGCCGGAACACCUUUCAAGCGUGGCUUCUUCUGCAACGACGAGUCUCUCAUGUACCCGUUCCGAGAGUCGACGAUCACCUCAGCAAUGCUGUACAGCUACGGACUACUGAUCCCGUCCUGUUUCUUCUUCGUAGUGGAGUUCCUCCGCGUUCGCACCAAGGUCCCGGAGACGCUGCGGCUGUCGUCGAGGUACCUCGGACGGUGGCCCGUACCGGCUUCGGUCCAGGUCCUGUACCAGGUCUUCGGGUCGUUCUUCUUCGGUGCUUGCGUGAGCCAGCUCAUCACGGACAUCGCAAAGUACAGCAUCGGACGUCUGCGGCCGCAUUUCUUUGACCUCUGCAAGCCCAGCAACCUGGACCUCCUCUGCGGCAACAAUCGGCACGCUUACAUAGAGGACUUCACGUGCGGCAGCGGAGCUAGCCCGAGGCUUCUUAAAGAAGUCAGGUUGUCGUUUCUCUCCGGUCACUCGUCGUUUUCAGCCUACACGAUGUUUUUCGCUGUGCUCUACCUGCAAGCUCGAGUCACGUGGCGGGGCGGAGCCGUGAGGAUUGGACGAGCAGUGGUGCAGACGUCGCUCGUGUGCUUGGCCUGGUACACCGCACUGUCCCGUGUGUCGGACUACAAGCACCACUGGAGUGACGUGCUUGCAGGUGCUCUGCAGGGCUACAUAGUGGCCAUACUAAUUGUUUUCGGCACGUCCCCGUUGUUCAACCGGCAACGCGCCGUCAAGGACAUAGAGUCCCCAGGUGCGUCAUCCACAACACAGUCUUGCAACAUAUUCCAGCCCGAACAUGCUUUAACCGUUCCACAGAAUGAAGUGGCCACAAGGCGAGAGGACCGCAACUAGCUGGAACGCACCAACGGGUCCGGCAACAUGUUGAAUUUUUAUUUUUGCCAAUGACAUUGAGAUGUAGUGGUAAGCUCGGUGCCUAAAUAAUACGGGUGCCUAAAUUUCGAACGUGAACGUUGCAAAGAGCCUGAAUGUGGAAUUCCACAUGUGUUCUAAAGUGCUACAAUUUUGCACACACUGCUGAUACAUGUUUAACCUCUGGCACCUUUGUUUUCCCACUGAAUUACGACAUUGUUGAUUGACAUUAUGACGAUGAAAAUAUUGAUAGGGAUCAUGUCAAGCUCUCCUGUGCACCGAUUCGAUGUUGUGCUGUGAUUUUAUUGGUUGUUAUCAUUCUCAUGAUUGACGUUUUAUCAUGCACUUCAUUGUCUUUUUGUUUUCUAAUAUGUGCGAGGAACUUGUAUAGUUUCACUUCAUUCGGUUUAAAUGGAUUUACAUAUGCGUUAGACAUUUUAUGAAUGCUCCUUUUGGCACCUUUAUUUUGGGCACUUAGUGCAUUGAGAUGAUGCGACGAUGUUGAUAGUUAUUAUUUCAUUUAAUUUCUCAGCAUCAUUUUUCGUUUCAUAGUUUUUUUCUCUUUAAUGCAUGCACAUAUAAUUCCACUUCAUUUACUUCAGGUGCGCUUCAUCACAUUUUCACAAACACUGACGUAAGCUCAAGUGGCGUUCCUUUGACUUAGUAAGUGCAAUACACCCUGGCGCUCCUGUUGCCAUAACACUUUCCUCUUUUUUUUUCGUUUUGCUCAUACACAACGAGAGUUGCACUACGUUCUGGCAACAUGAUAUUGUGCACUCCUAAUCGUUCUCAUGCAUGGCUUUCUGUAGCUGCAGUUCGAUUAUGGUGCAUGUAAUGCAGGAAACAACAGGGAAAUCGUACUACAUGGAGCAUUAUAUAUUACACGCUUUAUGUACGUCGUGUAAAUUUUGCUGCGCAGUGUUUACCUCGACCCUCUGUGCCUUCAGACGUUGCACUAGCGUUAGAUAGGACCUUCACUUAAAGCUCAGCUUCACGCAUUUUCUCUUAAAAGCACUCUUAAUAAAACGCAAGCAUAUUUUUGUACGGCAAUGUUUGCUGUAAACUACCGCUACGUCCUCUAAGUGCCCUUGCCACAUUGCAAAAACCAUGCAUUUGAAUGCCACUCCAAACGGCCUUUGAUUAACUUACGCGGCAGAAUCUCGAUGAUGCGAUCGCAGAUUAUACAAAUUUCGGGAUGAUACAAACUUUUUUUAAAAGUCCCGGCCGGAAUGCCUUUUUGUGUAAUGGGUUACGUUUCUGGAUAGUACGAACACUUUUCUUGGCCAUUGCGGAUGAUGCGAACGGGUAAGACGCCGGGAUUGCGCCGGGAAAAGGACGGCACUCCCGAUUAUAUGUGGCCGACGCAAGCCCGAUCACUUGUGAACACUGCAAACAACCAUCUUUUGCCCUGCCAACGCAGGAUGGUUGGAGCACCAAAACGUGGUCUUUCAAACACGACAGUGAUGAAAGAAGCAAUGUCUGGGCCGUAAAUGACACAAACAGGUGAGGCGCGUCUCCUGUACUUGCGCCGGAAACAAUGCGACGCUCCGCGACUCAGCGACUCCGCAUGUGCGUGAUUUUAUGUACCCCAAAGCUGUCCGCAGGUUGAUCUUGCGGAAGAGACAACGUUAAAAACCUCCAACUUCUCUGAUCACAAGUAGAGAAAAAAUGUACAUCAAGUAUGCGUUUCCUGCACAUUUUUUGUUUACUCAUCGACAUCAUUUCUGAUCAUACGAAUACAGUCAAACCUCGUUAGAACGAAACGCGACAUAACGAAAUUCGCGAUAGAGCGAAAUCAAUUUGGAUUCCGUGAUUAGGGUCGGGAGGAAUCUGGUGCCUACAAAAGGAAGUUGAGUCGUCGGAACGUGUUGGAUUUUCCUUCUGAGGUUUUUCCUUACCGCAUUGGUUUUGAACAGUCCGGUUGCAGCCAGUACAGGAUCUUCUAGGCAGACGCAGACGCGAAUUACCGGCUAUUUCACGCAAGAGUAAAAUGCCGUAGGUGCUGUUUGGCGCUGUAUUUGUAGUUGUCGUAAUUUAAUAAGAUCGCAAUUCGUGACCUUCAAUUCGAUACAACGAAAUAAAAUUGCGGUCCCCGUGAGUUUUGUUAUAUCGAGGUUCGGCUGUAUUCUGCGCGACCCCGAGAUAUUCGUAUCAUCGAGAUUCUACCGUAUUUCCCUAUCUAGGUGACCUGUGAUGUUUUUAGCCAUGCACAUGAAAGAGAUGCACCCACAUGUAUGCGACGCUCUUGAUGUCGUUUUAUUUCCCCCGAGUUAAAUGCAGUUACGGUAAAAUUAUUUUCUUAUAUACAACGGGUCGUUUUAGCAACUUGUACACUGCCCCACCGUCCAGGCCAGGGAUUAUAAAUAAAAAAUUUUUAAAACUUUA